AAUCCUUGUUCCCACAUCAGGGAAAUCCACAAGUGCCGAGCCCGAGCAUCAAGGGCACCGGGUAAACCACAACCGAUUCCCCGCACUGUCUAUUGUUCAGGCUUCUUGGAGCAUACAUCAUUACAUCGCGCAUGUGAAUCUCGUAGAUAUAUAUCUACGUCUUCCCAAGCAUUCAGUAUAAUCAAAAUACGCCAAAUACCUACAUAGUGCGUUCUGUUUUGCGGGGCAAGAGUUGCCAAGUCCAAGCGACCUACGGAAUUUGAAAAUAGGAAGUGGGGAGGCAGAAGAGACUAUCUAAUUAUCGCAUCAAGCAAGGAAGCAUGGACAAGCUACCCCCUCUCGGCCGCGGGAUAGAACAGGUCUUACUCCCUACAUUUGCCGCCUACGAAGACCUGUUGAAAGCCAACGAGGCCGACAUCCGGUCCGCGCGGCGCGAGACGCACAGCUACGGGCCGAACCCGCGCCAUGUGCUCGACGUGUACUUCCCCGAUGAUGCGUCAAAGAUAAAAGGAGGGAAAGCUACUGUCCUUGUAUUCUUGCACGGCGGCGGCUUCUACACCGGCGCGCGCAUCAACGAGGGGUACGCGGGAGGCCUGAUAUUCGGCAACAUUGGGCGGUUCUUCACGGCUAAGUACGGCGUGACGGUCAUCGUGCCUGAUUACCGGCUCAUCUCACACGGCGCGAAGUACCCCUCCGGCGGUGAGGACGUCGCGCUUGUGGUAGACUGGAUAAAGGCUUCGCUAGCGCAGCGCGAAGGGCACGAGAGUGUCGACGUCGUGUUACUAGGGAACUCAGCAGGUGGGGUGCAUGUGUUGACGUUUCUGUUGGACGGCGCGUUCGAGGCGGAGAGGGAGGCUGUUCUCGCGGAAGACGCUGCUGUACGGCUUCGCGGGGUGAUUACUCUAGGCGCGCCGUUUCAUUGGGGCGGAUUCCAGGACGAUGCUAUUCGGACGUAUCUAGGGGAGAAUACGAUAGAAGAGAACGCGUCAUUGAGCAAGUUGCAAGCUGCAAUUCAACGGGGCGCGAAACUGCCGACGGUGAAAAUCCUGAUACUGGUGAGCGAGCUGGAUCCGCAGUUGAUGUUCACAUCAGCCGAGGAAUUCAAGGCGGCGUGGAAGGAUGCGGAUAUCGAGAUCAAAGUGCUCGAGGGACAUAACCAUAUCAGUCCUCCGCUGGGACUAAAUACGGGAAUUGAGCGUGAGGAGGCUUGGGGCGCGCAAGUUGCACAGUUUUUGAGCUCCUGUACUUCUGAUUGAUAGACCUGUGAAAAUUUCAUCAUGGGACAUCACGAGCACUAGAUUAAUCGUACAACUGAGUGAAUCUUACUUCACUCAAGAUAACGACUGCUUCUCAUCAGAUUGCUGCAGGAUCCGGCUCCAACGCUCUUAAUGUCUCUCGGUGUGGUGCAGCUCCGACG